GCGGCGCAGUGUUCCUUGGGCCGCAGCGCCACGCAGGUCACCUUCGGCCGGUAUUGACUGUGAAAGAAUAAGGAAAAAGACUCGUGUUCGUUAUUUAGUUUCGGCGUUUAUGGUCAUAUCUCAGUGAUUUUUUAAAAGUAUUUUCUAAGAACUAUUAUUCGGGACGCUUAAAAACUGGCAUUUUGAAUUUCGCGCGAAUCUUUUCUUUGUCAUCGUCUCUGAGUUUUCGCCCGCAGCGCAAACCCCUCGACAUCGUUCCCGCCGCCAUGCUGAACCUGAGGGCGGUGUGGGCGCUGGCAGCCUAUCUGGUCGUCGCGCUGGUCCUCGCCUGCCAGUUCAUGCCCAGGACGCGGCUCUCGGCGGUGUACUGGGCGCCGGAGGGCCAGGCGUGUGCCCGGAGUGCCGUCAACCUCUCGAUUCAUGCCGAAGCGGACGACACUGCGCGGAGGAGGUGCGCCAUUCCGUCUCCCAAUCUGGUGGGUCGAACGAGCGUACGGCAAGGCAUGACGGAGGCGGAGGUCGAGGCCAACGUGACCAACGUGUUCCCGGGAGGCUCGUGGUGGCCACAAGACUGCGAGGCGACGUGGAGGCUCGCCGUCAUCGUCCCCUACAGGAACAGGGAGGUCAUGGUCGGUCCUUUCCUCAACCACAUGCACCCGUUCCUGCAACGCCAGCUGCUCAACUACACCAUCUUCAUCGUGGAGCAGUCAAGCGAAAUGGAGUUCAACCGAGCGAAACUACUAAACAUUGGAUACUCUCUGGCGCAAGACUCCGGCCCCUUCGACUGCUAUGCUUUCCAUGACAUCGACUGCGUACCUGAAGACGACCGGAACCUAUACAACUGCGCAGAUCAGCCGCGGCACUUGGGAGUUGGAAUGGAAAAGUUCACUUACAAAAUCCCUUACAACACGUUCUACGGGUGCGCGUGCCUGAUGACCGGCUGGCAGAUGGAGAAAGUGAACGGCUGGAGCAACAAGUACUUCGGUUGGGGCGGCGAAGAUGACAACAUGUGGAGGCGCAUCGAAGCCGAGAAAAUGAAGGUGUGGCGAGUGUCUGAUCACCUGGCCACCUAUGCCACGCUGAAGCACCAACAAGCCACUAUGAAUUCACAAAGGAUGAAAAUGCUCCGAUAUUCAGAGAGAGACUAUAAGGAGGACGGGCUCAACAGCCUUCACUUCACGCUACUGAACGCAACGCGUCGAAAACUGUACACGAAGUUCCUAGUGAAACUAUAGUGUGAACUUUAGUUGAUUUGUGAGGACGUUUUCAUCACAGUUCCUAUAGCAGUGGACCCCAGAGAUCCAUCUUGUGUUACCUGAUCUCAUGAAGAGCUCUUAUACAUAA